AUGUAUCCCAGGGUGGUUCGUUCAUCCACCUUAGAGCCCACAGUGUUGCUGGGGCUGCUGCUCCUAUGGGGGCCUCUAGGGGCCCAGACCCAGAAUGACACAGAGCCUAUCGUCCUGGAAGGAAAGUGUUUGGUGAUCUGUGACUCCACUCCCAACUCUGAGCCAGCGGGAAAUGCCCUGGGCAUGUCAGUACGCUCAGGCACCGGCCGGGUGGCCUUCUCUGCCACCCGCCAGACAAACCACGAGCCCACAGACAUGAGCAACCGCACCAUGAUCAUCUAUUUCGACCAGAUCCUGGUGAAUGUGGGCAAUCACUUUGACCAGGAGAGCAGUGUCUUCCUAGCCCCCAGGAGGGGAGUCUACAGCUUCAACUUCCAUGUAGUGAAGGCCUACAACAGACAAACUAUCCAGGUUAGUCUGAUGUUGAAUGGGUGGCCAAUGAUCUCAGCCUUCGCUGGGGACAUGGAUGUGACACGAGAGGCAGCCACCAACGCAGGCCUAGUGAUCAUGGAGAGGGGAGACAAGGCCUACCUCAAACUAGAGAGGGGAAACCUGAUGGGUGGCUGGAAGUAUUCCACCUUCUCCGGCUUCUUGGUUUUCCCCCUAUAG